CUGUCUUCUGGAGACAAAAUCUUCUGGCUGUUGAGAAUGUUCGUGUGUAAAUCAUUGACUGCCAUGCACAACAUCCAGCAAGUGGUGGUCUGCGCAGCUUUUCCCACCGACGUGAAGUGGAAGGAUGCUCGCAGAAGCUGGAAUUCCAAAGCUUGUGACGUGGAAAGAUUGCCUCUGAAGGUUGUGUCCAUGUUGGUCAUUUGGCCGGACGAUACGACUUCGCCCGAAUUUUCCAUCCAGCUGGCCAACGAAUGUCUGAGCCAUCGAAAGUCGGUGCGCAAGCUUUCUAGGUCUUGAACCAUUUGCGAUGAGCCCUCUGUACAGCGUGACCACAGCUGGCAAGCUGAUCUGACCUUUGCCGUCAGACCCGGCAAUUGAGCGCGAAGAUUGUAUAGCGCGAUUCCAGGAUCACGAGUUGCUUGCGCAGUAG